AUGUAUGAAGUACGAUUGCCGCAGAUUAAUUUACCAACAUUUUCAGGUGGUUAUGAUGAAUGGCAAACAUUUUAUGAUCUCUUUGUAUCACUCAUCCAUGAAAACGGAAGUUUAAGUGGCGUGCAAAAGCUGCAUUAUCUAAAGAGCAGUCUUUUGGGAGAACCUGCAAACCUAUUAAAAAAUUUAUCAACUACAGAAAUUAAUUAUGGUGAAGCGUGGAAAAUGUUAGUCAAGCGCUACAAUAAUUUCAGAUACAAUACCAAUGAGAUUAUGAAGAAGCUAUUUUGCCAAAGAAAUAUAAUUACUGAUUCGGCGAUUAAUUUGAAACAACUUUUGGAUACUACUACAGCGUGCCUGAAAUCUCUGAGCAACUUAGGUGUAAACAUUGAAAAUUGGGACUUAUUCAUUAAUUAUUUAGUUGUAUCCAAGUUAGAUCAAGAAUCUCGUAAGCAAUGGGAAGUGCAUGUUAGUCAGACUGAGUCGGACGCCUUACCGACGUGGAAAGAUUUAUCAAAAUUUCUAGAAACACGCUUUAGAACAUUAGAGAUGAUAAAUCCAUCAAAACAAUUAAUCAAGCAGAAAAUGAAUGAAAAAAAAGGAGCUAUUUCACGUACAAAUACCUGCACUAUGUGUUCUGGAUCACACAUACUAUAUCAAUGCAAGCAAUUUGCAAAUAAAUCUCCUGAAGAAAGAACUGAGUUUGUGCAAGCAAAGAGAUUGUGUUUUAAUUGUUUGGGACAUAAUCAUGCAGUUAAGUUUUGUCGCCAAUCAACCUGCUGUCGGCGUUGUGGAAAACGUCAUCACUCUUUGUUGCAUAUUGAACGAAAACAAGAAUCAUCUCCUUGCGAGUCGAAGGAGCUUAACAUCGCAACAGAAACUGAAACUAAGAUAUCAACUCACUUUACACAGGAGACACGCAGAGAAGUAUUAUUGGCUACAGCAGUGGUCAAAAUUAAAGCAAAAACUGGCUAUUAUCAAUUUGCGCGUGCUCUUAUAGAUCAAGGUUCUGAGGCAUUAUUUAUCAACGAAGCUACUGUUCAAGCUCUGGGUCUUGAACGUACAUCAGUGAAUGGCCUUAUAACAGGAGUAGGAGACGGGAAGACACGUACAAAGAGUUCGGUUUCAUUUAUACUAGAGUCACGAUAUCAUUCUUUUACAAUACCAGUUGAAGCAUUUGUCUUGAGUAAAUUGACUUCCUUCUUACCAAAUAAUACAACUUCAAUCACGGACUGGCCAGAAAUUGAGAAUUUAUCACUGGCGGAUCCGCAAUUCGGAGAACCAAGCAGAGUUGAUAUUAUUUUGGGCGUUGACAUUCUUAGCCAAAUCAUCUUAGAGGGUCUUAAGAAACAUCCAUCGAAGUGUGGCCUCAUUGCACAGAACACGCAAUUAUGUUGGAUAUUAUCAGGACGUAUUCAUAAGACUAAUAAAUCUAAUAGGAUUAUCAAUCUCCAUCUACAAUUGGAAGAAGACCAACUCUUAACCAAAUUUUGGGAGAUAGAAAGAGGACCAGAGAAUAUAGUUAAGAAAAUGACAAGAGACGAGACAAUUUGUGAAGAGUUUUUUGAAAAAACAACAAAAAGAGAUGAAGAAGGACGGUACAUAGUAAGGUUACCAUUUAAGGAAGAAGAUCCACAGUGUUUUAAAGGUGAAACAAAAGAAAUUGUACUAAGAAGAUUUAAACUACUAGAACGAAAACUAAUAAAAAAUCCAGCCUUAUAUGAUGAUUAUAAAAAGGUGAUAGAAGAUUACAUCAUUCAAGGUCAUAUUAUUAAGGUCUCGAAUUCAGAUACGAGUUCUAGAGCAUUUUAUCUUCCACAUCACGCUGUUGUAAGAGAAGACAAAGAAACAACCAAGGUUCGAUGUGUUUUUGACGCCUCUUGUAAAGGAUCUAACAACGUUUCAUUGAAUAGCUGCUUUAUCAUAGGUCCUAAGCUUCAACAAGAUCUUAGGCAUAUUUUAAUGAGAUGGAGACUUCAUCCAUACUGUGUUGUAGCUGAUAUUGUACAAAUGUACAGGCAGAUUCGUGUACAUAGUGAUGAUUCAGAUUGUCUGAGAAUUUUGUGGAGAUUUGAUCCGAACAAACCCAUAGAAACCUAUAAACAUGUAAGACUCACAUUUGGUACCUCAUGCGCACCAUAUUUAGCCGUAAAAUGUCUGCAACAACUAGCAAUAGAUGAGAAGUCCAAGUACCCAAUAGCAGCCAAGAUAACUUUGCAAGAUUUUUAUAUGGAUGACUUAUUAACGGGCGGUGAUGAUGAAGUUGAGAUUAUUGAUAUCUACGAUCAAAUGAACAAAUUGAUGAAUGCUGGAGGCUUUUGUCUACAAAAGUGGUGCACAAAUAGCGAGAAGUUACUUAAUCACAUCAAAGCAGAUAAAAUAAGAUCAGAUCAAGCUGUGAUUUUUAAAGAAAAUAAUAUGAUUAAAGUUCUAGGUAUAUGUUGGAAUAAAAAUACAGAUAAUUUUGAAUACUUGCAUCAUUUACCUGAAGCAGAUAUCCCCAUAACGAAAAGGAAGGUAUUAUCAGAUAUCGCAAGAUUGUACGAUCCAUUGGGAUGGAUUGCGCCUGUUAUCAUUACAGCCAAAAUUUACAUGCAGAAGUUGUGGAAGUCUGGUUUAGCUUGGGAUGAUAACCUUACACCAGACCUGUUAAAAGAGUGGCUAGCGUUUCGACGUGAUUUGGUUAACGUACAAGGCAUAAUGAUUCCAAGAUGGUUGCAAGUAAAACGUGAUUAUUACGUAGAACUUCACGCUUUUGCAGAUGCUUCGCAAGCUGCCUAUGCUGCUGCAGUUUACAUGAAAAGUAGAGAUGAAAUAGGGAAUGUUAGAGUUCAUCUAAUCACGGCAAGAACUAGAGUUGCCCCAGUGGAAAAAGAAAUAUCCAUCCCACGUCUUGAACUAUGUGCAGCUCUUCUUGCAGCUCAAUUAAUGUUUGAAGUGUCGCAAGUUCUUAACAUUCCAAAGGAACGAUUACGAGCUUGGUCCGAUUCCACCAUAGUGUUAGCAUGGAUAACUGGUGAACCAAGUCGUUGGACGACGUUCGUCAGCAAUAGAGUGUCAGAAUUAUUGACGAUUCUAAAUAGAGACCAAUGGAAUCAUGUCAACUCAAAGGAGAAUCCUGCUGAUUGUGCAUCAAGAGGAAUUCAAGCCGAAGACUUGAAGGAUCUCAAUUUAUGGUGGUUUGGCCCAUCAUGGCUUAAAGAGAUUAAUGAGUACAAAACAUAUAAAUCCAGUAAUUUUAUAACUAACGAGGAACAAAGACCCAUUAAGAAUAUGAGCGCAGUAGUUCAAAUAAAGGAAGAGGAAUUCCUGUGGACGAAAUUUUCAAAUUUGCAGAGACUAUUGCGAGUUUUAUCUUAUUGUCGAAGAGUUCUGCUAUGGAGAAUACCAAAUAAGAUGAAACUUCUAUCAGAAAACAUUACGCCAGAAGAAAGGAACAUAGUUUUACGAAUUUGUGCUGAUAAAGAAUUGAGAGAAAUGUUUAAUAAGGCAACUUCUGACUUUUCUAAGGAAAUAAAAACCUUGCUAGCAAAUGGAGGUACUACGUGGCACUAUAUACCACCUCAAGCACCAAAUUUUGGAGGACUUUGGGAGGCCGGUGUUCGAUCUACAAAGUAUCAUCUCAAAAGAGUUAUAGGUGACACUACUCUAACUUAUGAAGAGCUUUCUACGGUACUGACGCAGAUAGAGGCGUGUUUGAAUUCACGACCGUUGUGUCAAUUGAGUGAUAAUUCGGAUGACGUAUUGCCACGAACUCCCGGUCAUUUCCUUAUUGGAGAACCAUUGAUAACAAUUCCUGAUGAAGAUUACUCCAAAAGCAAUAUCACAGGUCUACAGCGAUGGAAACUUGUACAAAAAAUGUUAAAUGAUUUCUGGAAGAGAUGGUCAGCUGAAUAUCUGAUUACAUUAAACCAACGGUUUAAGUGGUUAUCGAAGAGAGCUGAACCAGAGAUUGGUGAUAUAGUUAUUAUCAGAGACGAAAAUUUGCCACCCGCAAAGUGGCUACUUGGAAAAAUUGAGGAGAAGCACUCGGGGAAGGACAACAUAACCCGUGUUGUUACAGUUAAAACCAAGAAUGGUCUUCUCAAAAGAGCUUGUAACAAACUUUGUUUUUUACCCAUGACUGAGUCUGUCAAUGAUUUAUUCGUUGACUCUCUGGCAAACUUAAUUGGUCCACCUUUAUUGCUUCUAACUAAAAGACGCUUCUUAGCGCCGUGCGGUACCGGGACGGGAGGAGGGACGACGGUCCAGAGGGCGUCGGGCAAGAGGCGAGGACGAGGAGCCGCGGACAGGAUGGGAGGGGAGGGAGGGGAGGGGCAGGGGUACGACGGGUCGGAGAGCGGGGCGCAGGCGGCGGUGGACCAGCGAAGUUGCCGCGGCUUAGGCCGCGCGCGCCUCACCUACUCUUACGCUUAA